AUGUCCGACCCUGAAUUCCACCCCGCUACCCCGCUAUCUCCCUCACAAACAAAUCCCACUCCUCACCCUAAAGAAAUCUCCCCUCGUACCCAAAUGCCCAACACCAUUUCAAGAAUGUCCCCAAACCUCGAAAUCGCAACCUUUACUCCCUCCUCCGCCCUCCGAGCGCUCAAAUCCGGCGCGCAACGCAUAGAACUAUGCGCGCACAAAGAUAGAGAUGGAUUGACGCCUGAUAUGGAUGAUUUCUCGAGUGUAUACUCUGCACUCCAUUUCCAGAAUGAGAAAACUGACGACGAGAAGAUCUACGAGAAAGAAGAAAAAGAAAAAGGAGAAAUCAAUAUAAUGAUUCGACCUGUGGAUAAUAGUUGUCUGGGAAUAGGAUCCAAUGAUAAUUUCAGGGUGGGAGAUGAAGUGUUUGAGGAGAUGAAGGGGGAGAUUAGGAGGUUUAGAGAAUUGGGGGGGAGGGGGUUUGUUUUUGGGAUUUUGAUGGAUGAGGGGGAAGCAGGAAAGGGAUUGGUGGUUGAUAGGGAGAGGUGUGCUGAGUUAAUUGGGAUUGCGAGGGAGGGGAAGGACGGGGAGAAUGUGAGGUGUACGUUUCAUCGGGCGUUUGAUCGGAUUGAGAGUGUGAGGAUGGAGGAGGAAUUGGAGGUGCUCAUAAAUCUAAACUUCACAUCUCUCCUCACAUCUGGAGGCGCUCCCACUUCGGUUCAAGGAGUUGUGCAACUCCAAAAAUUGGUACAGCAAGCAGCGGGUAGGAUCGAUAUCAUUGUAGGAGGCGGUGUACGCAGUAGAAACCUCGAAGAGUUGAUGGAAGAAACAGGAGCGAGAUGGUUCCAUAGUAGUGCUGUGAUAGGAGACGGAGAAGAUGUAGAUGGCGAGGAGGUAGAGAAAAUGAGGUAUAUCUUAGAGGGUACGAGAGUUGAUUAA